GUUGGAGGCACCAUGGCUAUGACCAGUGGCAGAUUGUUCGCCGGUAUUUUUAAAAAACCCGAAGCCUGGAUGGGACUCUGCGGUGUGCUUCAAAGGACAUCUUCACACAGACUCUGUGCUUCCUGUAAUCGUUAUUUAUAUGUUUCAAGUACCAAGUUAAAAGCAUCAGAUUAUAAAACACUUUUCCAUAACAUUUUCUCUCUGAGAUUCCCAGGGCUUUUAGUAUCUCCAGAAUAUAUUUUCCCAUUUUUUAUAAGACUCAAAAGUAAUAUAAGCUCUAAAAAGUCCUCUAAAAAAACUCAGCACGAAGUAGGUGAAGAAGACUCUGAUGAGAGUGACAACCGCGAGGGAAGUGAGCAGGAAGAGGAGCUUGAAGAUGACCCCACUGUGGUCCGAGACUACAAGGACCUGGAGAAGGUGGUUCAUUCUUUCCGGUUCGAUGUAAUCCUGAAGUCAGGCCUGGAUAUUGGGAGGAACCAAGUGGAAGAUGCAUUCUACAAAGGUGAUCUCAGACUGAAUGGGGAAAAAUUAUGGAAGAAAAGCAGAACGGUAAAAGUAGGAGAUACGCUGGACCUUGUCAUUGGAGAGGACAGAGAAGCAGAAACAGAGGUAGUAAUGAGGAUUCUUCUGAAAAAGGUGUUCGAAGAGAAGACACAAAGUGACAAUUACCGAGUGGUGCUUCGCAGGUGGAAGAAGUUGAAGUUGCCUAAGAAGAGUGCAUCCAAAUAAAUGCAUUCAUUCUUUUACCUCUGCAGAUGCUCUUUCAUGGUGGGUGGAGGGGCCAGCGUAGACAUUUUUAUCAAAAUAAAAUUCUCUUGGGCCAGGGAUUUAGCUCAGUGGUGCUGCCACCUUGCAA